CCGUUACCGCUGCUGCCGCUGCUGCUUCUGCUGCUGAGGCUGCGGGCGGAGGCCGGAGGACCGGGCGGCGGCGGCGGCGGGAGCGCAGCGGGACGACCGAGCGAGAGCCGGCGAGUUGAGAGCCGAGCGCUCUCUUUCUCCCGCUCUAGGAGCCAGUGCCUCCCGGGCCCCGCCGCCGCCGCCGCACAAAGCCGCGAGCCCGCGCCUGAGCCAUGUCCGCGUCGGCAGGCGGCGGCCACCAGCCCAGCCAGAGCCGCGCCAUCCCCACGCGCACCGUGGCCAUCAGCGACGCUGCGCAGCUACCUCAGGACUACUGCACCACUCCCGGCGGGACGCUGUUCUCCACCACGCCGGGAGGAACACGAAUCAUUUAUGACCGAAAGUUUCUGUUGGAUCGUCGCAAUUCUCCCAUGGCACAGACCCCGCCUUGCCAUCUGCCCAAUAUCCCUGGAGUCACCAGCCCUGGCACCUUAAUUGAAGACUCUAAAGUAGAAGUGAACAACUUGAACAACCUGAACAAUCAUGACAGGAAGCACGCAGUUGGGGAUGAGGCCCAGUUUGAAAUGGACAUCUGACUGCUACACAAUCUAAGGAGGCUUCAGCACAGCGGCCCAUGUGACCUGACUGGGCCAAUAGGAGCGCAGUGAACCGAGAAGCCGGCAGUUCCCCUCCCCUCCCUCUGGGUGCCAAAUGAUGGGAGAUAAAGCUCCAUUGACCACAACUUCCCUGUCUCCUGCCCCUGCCCCCUUAAGGUUAGGAUGAAAGCCCUUGGAUUACUCUGGAACUGAGCGGUUGGUCCUUGGAGGAAAGCAGUCCCUGUAACUUGCCUGUUCAUUUCCUAAGAAUCUUCUGCCCCCUUCUGAUUUGCCCCAAGUCCAGGAACUCUCUAAGAAGAAGCACCGCUGCUUGGGGUGACUGGGGAGGGAAGGAGGUUUGGUGCCCAUUGCUGUUCCUGUACUCUCUUCUGUCUUCCUCCCUGCAUCCCAUUGGUGAGUCAGUGCUGGAUGUGGGAUCUUUAAACCAUUCUGAAGAAUGAUAAACAAAAUGAGCUGCUUGCCCUAUCCCUGGAGAUGUUUGUCCUUGGUGCUGGAGCAUAGCUCUUGUACCUCCUGUGUGUAGCUCCGACUGCAUUCCUGGGACACAUGGCAUGAGCUCCCUUUUCUCUAGGGAGAAGGCUUCUGUCCUGGGUGUGAUGGCUCAUCUCUUAUCUAAUUCAUUGGCACAGGUAUUUUUUAAACCUUCCUUCUGAAGAGACUCCUGGGUGACCAGGUGGUCUUUGCUUGUCUGCCAUUCUUCUUACCUGCAUCUUGCAGGCAGAGUCUUCUUCACUCCAAGAUGCCCUGGGACUUCUGUCUGCUCCUAGAGCAGUUAUUUGAAGUGCCAGUGCUUUGGUCGUUGUUACCUGGUGGGCACAGCUGGUCCCAGCGGUCUGCCUGAGAAUGCCCUAACUCUGGCCUCUGUAGAGGACUGAGCCACACAAGUAGCCAGCCCUAGUAGUCAUGGUUUAAACCUGAUAGACUUUAGCAGGUUUGCUGCCCUGCAGUUUAUUAUAUUUUGAGUUUAAAGUUGACUCCCCUAUUCCCCUCCUCUGAAUCUGCUUUAUCCUUGGCUGCCGAGAGAGAAGCAUGGGCUGAAAGAGUGCGUUCCUCCCAGUUUCCUUCUCCUCCUCAUUGUAGACCUUCCUUCUCUCCUUUUCAAACCUCACUCUCUUUCCUUCUGGUUCUUCUACCAGGCCAUUUUCUAAAUCUACAUCAAAGAUACCUCCCAUGUUGGUAUCUGAUAAUAUCUGUCUCUUCUCUUAUCAGAGGAGAGACUUUUUAUUUUUAAGAUGACUACAGACCUAUUUUUAGAUAAGUUUUCAGUACGAUUUUGAACUGCAACUUUUUUAACAAAACAUCUUCCAGUAUUAGGAAGGUUAUAAAAAAAUGUUCCUAGGCAAGUCUGCUGUCUUCACUGUUGGUUAUCUCUCAUAGUUCCUUAUGAGUGCUUUCCUGUGCUCUCAAGUUUAGGGGUCUAUUUGGAGUAUAGUGGUUUGUGAAACUGGACUAGUCUGCCUUGCUAUGAGUUGUUGGCGAAAACUUCAUUCCUUUCUUUUACCUUUUUGCUCUCUUGCUCCACCCUGCCCCACUCUCCUGGUACUGUGGACCGACAGGGAGAUCCCAGGAGAGAGAGGCCCCCAUAGACAGGCUGGUGCAUCCGUCCUCCUACAGGAAGACAGUACAGCAGCCACUGGUGUCCUGGGAGUUUCUUUU